AUGCAGGGCGGCGCCACCCUCGGAGCCCGCGCUGCCUUCUGCUUCACAGCGAUGUGCAUCCUCGGGUGGAGCUGCGCGAUGUGCACCACGAACUGGGUGGCCAAAAAGAACGCGUACUACCGCCUCCAGGGCGGGCUCUUCCAGCUGGAGCUCAAGACAGGCUACAUCGGCGUGAUAGCGGGCUUCCUCAUCGACCCCGUCACCGCGGGAGGAAUGUCGUGGAUCAAUUCGCUCGUGGAGAAGAAGUACACCUAUGAGGAGUUCAGCGAGCACAUGUGCGCCCUGCCACAGGUCCCCAAGAUCACCGACAACGUGUGCAUGGUCUCGCAGUUCCUGAAGUUCUCGUCCUGGGGCCUGGUCGUCGCCGUCGUGCUCAGCUUCGUGGCCAUGGCCGCUGGCGCGUCCCUGCUGUACCGGUAUGUGUACGUGAAGCCGAAGGCUGUGCUGCGCACGUGGAUGCGAAUCGCGUAUGUGGCAGCGGCCGUUCUGCAGUUUGGCGGCCUCGCGCAGUACGUGUGGGCGGCCAGCCUGGUCAUCAACAUGUACCCGCGCACGGGCGGAGCGCAUCUGGGCCACAGCAUCGUCUACGGGGUCUCCGCCUCGCUGGGCACGGCGGCGGUCCUGUUUGUUCUGGUCGUCCUCGUGGGCAAGUCCACGGAGGAGGAUUUCAACGAGGCCGUCUCGGAGCAGAAGAAGUUGAUGCGCGAUGAUCCCGAGAUGUACGGCACCACCGCCAGCGCCGCGACCAACGCCCAAGCCGAGGGCGGUGCCUACGAGGGCGGAGCCUUCAACGCGGAGAACGCUUUCGGCGCGGCCGCCUACGCUGGGGACGCGUACGGCGGCGGCGCCUAUGGCGGCGGCGCCUACGGCGCCUACGGUGCCGCCAGCGCCUACGGCGGGUCUGGUGCCUACAGCAGCGCCGACCAGGGCGCCUACGGCGGUGCGCACGGCGACUUCGGCAUCCAGCAGGGCGGUUUCCAGCCGGGUUUUGCCCCAGUGCAGCAGGCGGGCUGGGCGAACCAGACCGCCAGCGUCUGA